CCCUCCACUACCUUUCUUCCCUUUCUCCCUCCUCCCUUUCACCACUCUCUAAUUACCAAAACCCCUGUCACUUUGCCGCAACCAUGCUCUCCACCCUCCCUCCGUCCGACUCCCUUCUCGACAACUCAUUCUCCGUCUUCUCCGGCAGUUUCACGCCGUGGGAUUUCCACGACAUGUUUUCCGACGCCGUCAACCCCACCAGUCCCAAACCCGUCACUUCGAGUUCCGGUUCAGAAGAACCCAACCCAACCCAUGCGAAACAAAAACCGGACUCAAACGAACUGAACCGGGUUACGGACGAACGAAAGAAGCGGCGCAUGAUAUCGAACCGGGAAUCGGCCAGAAGGUCACGGAUGCGUAAACAGAGACAUCUUGAUAAUCUACGGAAUCAGCUAAACAAGUGUAGAAUCGAAAACAGAGAAUUGAAGAACCGGUUGCAAUUCAUUCUUUACCACUCGAACCGCAUACGAACCGAAAAUGAAUGGCUCCGGUCCGAGCGAACCGUUCUCAGCCAAAGAAUCAACAAUUAUACUCAAAUUUUGGUUUUCCAACAAUUACAACCCUUUUCCCCUGCUUGGACAUGUAACACUACCACGGUCAUCGCAGAAUAAACCACCUUGAUUAAUUAAGUAAAUUAAUUCGGUUAAAAUUUUAAGUCAAAUCCUAAUUUGUCUGUGUAAAUAAAUUACUAAAGAAAGAUAAAGAUGAUAAAAGAUUCUGGGUGUUUUCCGUGCUAUUUUUGGGGCAAAGGCUAGAACCGGUUUUGGAAAAUAAUCAAAUAUGUUGUUGAUUUUUUCAAAACCAUAAGGGUUAUAUAUUUUCGAUUAUAAUUAUAUUAUGUAUAAUACUAGGUCUUUUUUGGUUGCUUUACUUGUGUAGUUGCUUGUUUAUCAAAUCAUUUCCUAGAGCUACAAUUUUAAUAAGUCUCUCCAAAGUCAAAAUUAAUCUCAUAUUUCAUA